AUGAGGUCGCAGGCGACCUUCACCGCGCUCACGCUUGUGGGAAGUGCAGCGGCGUUUUGGCGUAUGCCAUGUCGUUCUCAGACUGGUGUUGGACGCCUGGAUCCCAUCAUGGAUGCUGGGUCGAUUUCGGGUCACGUUCAUAGUAUUAGUGGUGGUGGCGGAUUUGGAUUCAACGCCGACUUUGAUAGCUUGAAUGCACCUGGGUCUUGCACUUCGUGUGAGGUGACCCAGGACCAUUCAGCCUAUUGGACGCCAACGCCGUACUUUAUGUACGACAAUGGGACGGCAGUCAUGGUGCCGCAGGUUGGUGGCAUGCUAGCAUACUAUCUGUAUUACCUGCAGAACGUCAGCGCCUUUCCCGAGGGCUUCCAAAUGGUCGCAGGCGAUCCAAACAUCCGCAACUUCACAGGACCAUUUCCCGACACCGACCUCAGCUCGUGGCCGACAGAUCCGACCGACCAGUUCUUCCUGCAGCAGCGCGCUAUCGGCUUCAACUGCUUGAACUAUGCCAAGACACCCGAGCCCUCACUAUACCGCCACCAGCUGCCGUCAAAGGAAUACAUGGAUGCCAACUGCGCGGACGGUCUGCGUUUUGAGAUGGCCUUCCCGAGCUGCGGCAAUGGACAGCCGGAUUCCAAGAACCACAAGUCGCAUGUCGCAUACCCAAGCCUGGUGAAGGAGGGCAACUGCCCCAAGGGCUACGACACACACUACCCGUUCCUGUUCUACGAGACGAUCUGGGCUACCAACCAGUUUUCGGGAGAGAACGGCAAAUUUGUGCUGUCCAUGGGUGACCCAGUCGGUACAGGCUACCAUGGCGAUUUCAUCAUGGGAUGGGAGUCGGCGGACUUCCUCCAGAAGGCAUUGGACACUUGCACGAAUCCAUCCGGCCAGAUUUCAGACUGCCCAUUGUUCGACAUCCAGUCGGACGCUGUUGGCGCCAAGUGCACCUUCGACAUGCCGGAUGCUCUCAAAGAUGAUGAUGUCUUCGGUCCUCGCGACGGCCUCCCAGUCAACAUUCCGGUUCAGGACGGCCCUGAGCCCGCUACAGCUUAUGCCGUCGCCGGUCGCGCUGGUGUCUCUACUAGCUCGCUUCCAUCUACUACCGGAACGUCAUCGUGGGCUGUACCGACCUUGUCUUACACUCCCGCCAACCCCUCGCUCACGUCUACUGCAUUGGGUGGCAUUGUCGUGGACAGGCCAACUGGUGGCAACUACGGCUCCAUCGGCCCAGCCGGCGGCAAGUCCGAGCCUGCUGUGCCUACCAGUAGUAGCAGCAGCAGCGACGAUGGUUGGUCCUUCAGCUCUUCUACUGAAGCUCCUACGACAACUGCGCCUGCCGCAUUGUCUUCUUCUGACGGCGCCGAUAUUAUCGCUACGAGCUAUAUCACAACCGGUAACACGAUCGUGGAGCUCGCCAUCGAGCAAGUCGAGGUCACCGUCACUGCGACGCCCUCAGCUGGUGUGAAGCACAAGCGACACAUGGACAAGCACCGCCAUGCUCACCGUCGUCGCUAA